AUGUCAAGUUCACCACCACAUAAGCUCAAACGAUCAAUCACUCACGAGCGGUAUGAUGACAUCGAAGACAGUAUCAUCUUCGAUAAGUCAGAUUUCGACGAUUUGUCUUUCCCUCACUAUGAUGAUCUUGUUAUCACUUUAUGUAUCGCAGAUACUGAUGUAAAAAGAAUAAUGGUAGAUGACAGUAGCAGCGCAUGUAUUAUCCAUCCUCGAGUUCUCGUACAGAUGAGACUCGAAGAUAAAAUUAUACCAUGCUGUAUAAUGCUAACAGGUUUUAAUAAUGCAGUUGAGCAGACUUUGGGGAAAAUAGUGCUACCCGUCCUAGCUAGAGGAGUCACCCUGGAAACAACAUUUCACGUCAUGAACCAAGAAACGGCUUAUAACGCCAUCAUAGGGCACCCGUGGAUACACACCAUGCGAGCGAUACCUUCCAGUCUCUAUCAAGUGAUCAAGUUUCCUACCCUAUGGGGAAUGUUCAGCAUUCGAGGGGAGCACCACACCGCACAAGAAUUCUAUCGCAUCGCCCAAGAUUGCACACACACCCAACAACUCAAAGGAGCAAAUGUGGAAGCAUAG